AUGUCCGAUCCACUGUCCCUUGUCCUCUCCAGCGUUUCCCUACCAAACGCCCUCGAAUACAUGAUAGGGCUGGCCGGCACAAUGGAAGAAACAUUUGACAAGGGCGACCAAAGCCUACACGACCUUCAUACUGAGACUGCUCAGAUCAGUUCAGCUAUCGUCAAGCUUGCAGAACUUUACAAUGAACGUUCAUGCACCCCAUUCGAAGAAAAGGAUAUGAACGUCGCAUUACUGGAGCUAAUGCUAUGUUGUCAAACCUUUCCCUCCAAUCCACAACAGCAGCUUAUUUCGCCGGGCAGGGGCCAGUCAGGCGGAUGGGGUACUGCCCAUGAUAGAGUUUAUUCUGAAAUUAGGGAACUCAAACACCGAAUCAAUAAAUGUCACACUCGCUUUUUAGGUAUGAUUAAAACAGACAAACGGAAGGGUGAUAUCACCAGUGGGAGGUACCAAAUGACCUCCGCCGAUGACACCCGGAAAGAAAUCUCAAAGAAGCGCAGGGUACUUCUUGAUGAGAGGCUUAUAGCGUUUGUCGGAUCCAGCGACAUGAUGUUGUCGAAACUUCCCCCACAGGUGACAACCAAUCUCAUAGCCGACACAUAUCUCCGUUUUCAGGUAGACGCAAUCGAUAAUUAUCUGAUAGAAUUGUCGACAACGAAUUCUUACCCUGUUGAGGCGCCGCUUGAAGACUAUCUACGACCAUUCCAGCCAGUCUUGAACACUGGGCCAUCACGAGACCGAGAAGCAUUUAGACAAAAUAUCAUUGAGCAAACACUCGAAAUACAAUCAAGCAUCCGCAGCGAUUCCAGCACGCUGUCCAUUCAGGAAGGUGCUUGGAACAUGGUCAACCUUUCUGUUGGACUGUAUUCAUUGGAAAUGUACGAAGAAGCAGCGUCGAUGGGAAUUUGGACUGUAAAUCUGUUUCGGACGCUCGUGAAAACAAACCCCGCCAUAUACUCCCCCUAUCUUGUCCAUGCUUUACGGCUUCUAUCAAAGUACUAUACCGGCAUUAACGACAACGAUGGCGCGAAAUCUACGAUAAUAGAAGCUAUAUCCAUUAGCCGUAGCCUGCAGUCUCGAUUCGCAGAUCGUGAGAUCAAACUUCAACUGGGUGAAGCUUUGAUAGCGUUUGCCUAUGUAUUGGACCUAAUGGGAGAAGGCGCGGCAUCAUUGCAGGCUGCUCAGGAGGGAGUCUCCAUUUAUGAGAACGAAAUCAUCAAACAUCGUUUUCCACAGAGCAACGAAUCUCUGGAACAUCAACCGGUGUCAAAAACUAGAUACCAGUGGGCGCAGAUCUUGGAAGGCUUUACAGAGAAAUCAAUUUGUGACUAUUACCGGGCAUUGGACCAAUUGUCAUUUAGCCUCCAAAACAUGAAUCAGCUGCAAAGUGCCGCAUGGGCAUGUAUGAAAGCUGUGGAUAUCGUCGCUAACUCUGGUUAUUCCUUCCGCAGUUCUGUCCAAGUGGACCUUGCUGGAUUCUUUUAUCGACUUGCGCAUCGACAAUUCCACGAGGUCAUCAAGCUCGAACAAGCCCUCGUAUACUCCCAGCAGUCUGUGGAGAUUUACCGAUCUUUAUGCGAGCAGGACAGAGAUCAAUACAUCACUUCCUUGUGUCAUGCCCUUUACGAGAUGGCCAACACUCUGAACAAACUCGAAAGAUAUAGCGAAGCAGUUGCUGUUUGGCAAGAAAUCUCAGAACUGGCAAAGGACAUAAAUGACGAGCAAGCUUUCCGUGCUGAUGCACUGAACGAAUUAUCUUGGAGCUAUCGUAAACUUGAUCGACAUAGUGAGGCGGCUACUAUCAGGACGGAGUCCAUAACGGUAUAUCAGACGGCUCUUGACUCGAAAUCGGAUAAGGCAGCGCAUGGGUAUUUUGAUUUGGGAGUGGACCUUCGUCUUGCAGGUCGAUUCUCUGAUGCAAUUGAAGCUUUACAUAUGGCUCUUACGAAAUAUCGCGCCCUUGCAUUUAGUGAUCCGGAUCAAUAUACCAAGUCCAUUGCAAGCACUCUCAAUCAACUCACAUUAAACCUCCUUCACUCUAACCGACACGAUGAAGCUUUAAGCGACGGCUACGAAUCAUUGCAACUUCACUCCACGCUAAUCGAAAAAGACCUCUCUAUCGUUCCCCAAUAUAAAUUUGCUUUGCAACUCAAUUUCGAUCUCGCACAAGUCAUCGAAAAUGAAACCAAAUGCAUAGAGCGGGCACAGUAUAGCGUCGACUACGCACGGAUACUCGCUGAAAGGUCACCCAAUGAGGGUAAUGCGAUGCUCGUACAAGCGUUUUUCAGCAGAGCAUAUGUCUUUUCGAGGUUUGAACGUUUAUCAGAAGCUUCUACUGCUAUUCAGGAAGGCCUUGAUUGGUUCGAUUCACACCCUUACCAAAAUGCGAGAGAAGCCGAAUUGCAUAUUCACUGUCUCAUCCAGGCUUGCGCUACGGCUUUCAACCAGGGGCUUACCCGAAAGCCUUUGGAAUUUCUCGAGAAGGCGAUUGAAGUCGGCCGGUCCCGCCCUCUAGAACCAGCAAUCAUUGAUCUCCUUGUGGGAUGUAUGUACCGACGUGCCCAAGUUUUCGGUCUCAUGGGACGUUUUGCCGAUGCAGCAAACGCUAGCGUGGAAUGUGAAUCCCUAGCCCGACCGAACGUAACGAGCUGUCCAAUCGAAUUUGUCAGCUGCCUCCGUGUCUGCUCUCUCGCCGCUAGAGACACGAAGCAAUUCCAAAAGGCCGUCGAUUAUAUAGAAGAAGCACUCGAAUUGUGCCAUAGCGAAGACUUCAUGAAAGCGACUAAAACCGCGUCUUAUGGCCAUGUUCUGGAGGCGGAUUGUCUCUGUUGUCUCUCUGACGCUCUUGAAGACAUUGGGCAGAAAGCCGAAGCAUUAUCUGCCGCAAAAAAGGCAUUGGAUUACGCAGAGGGGCUCAGAAACAAGUAUGCGACUUUGCCUUGGUCAGAGAUCGAAUCGAGUUACAUUGACGCUAAGCGUACCCUUGCCGACCGUCUUGCUGCAAACAAUGAGCUUUCGCAAGCAGCAGAAUUGAUAUUUGAAGUACGAAGUUAUUAUGAAAAGCUUGUGGAUGGUAGAAAAGGAUUAUCCCUGUCGUUCACAAGUUCACUCUACUCAGAGACCAUCAUAUGCUGCGCUGCAGGGCGACAUGCUGAUGGUAUUGCCGCAAGGACGAAAUUGUUAGAAUUUCAGCGUCGCCUGGAGAUGGAACUCCCUGAACUGGCCGAACAGACUCAUAUCUUGCUGGAUAAAAUUCAAACAUAUCCGUUCAUGAUCGGUCUCCUAGCUCAACUCGACCUUUCGUGUGGGCAUCCCCAAGAAAUCAUCCAGGGUGCUGAAUAG